AUGGAGGGUGACCUGACCGCGGACACGUUCUACGUCACCGGCGAUAACGGCGCCAAGGUCGACGACGUGUACGAUCUCGCCAACAUCAAGCAGGUCAUCAAGGUGGUGCUCAACGCGCACUACCUAAAGUCCAACCAGGGCGCCAGGCCGAAGGACUCCACCUCCUUCCUCGAGACCAACCCCCGGCAGAAGGAUCUGCUGUACUCGCUCAUGGACUCGUACGCCAAGAACGACGUGUUGAGCGUUCAAAAGUCCAUCGUGGACCACGUGGAGUACACCCUCGCCAGGUCGCGCUACAGGUUCGACGACUUCGAGGCGUACCAGGCCACGUCGAUGUCCGUCCGCGACAGGCUCAUCGAGAGCUGGAACGACACCCAGCAGUACUUCCGCGAGCAGGACCCGAAGCGCGUGUACUACCUGUCCAUGGAGUUUCUCAUGGGCCGGUCGCUGACAAACUCGCUUUUCAACCUCGAGCUGAACGGCACCUACCGCGAGGCGCUCAAGCAGCUCGGAUACGAGAUGGAGAACCUGGUGGAGAAGGAGAGGGACGCCGCGCUGGGCAACGGCGGUCUCGGCCGCCUCGCCGCUUGCUUCCUAGACUCGAUGGCUUCCGAGAACCUGCCGGCGUGGGGCUACGGCAUCCGCUACCAGUACGGGAUGUUCCGCCAGGAGGUCAUCGAGGGUUUCCAGCACGAGAACCCGGAUUACUGGCUCAACUUCGGCAACCCGUGGGAGAUCGAGCGCCCCAACAUCGCGUACCCCAUCAAGUUUUACGGCAACGUCGAGAUUCUCGAAUCUGAGGGGCGCCAGGCGUUCAUCUGGAACAGCGGCGAGGAGGUCACCGCGGUUGCGUACGACACCCCGAUCCCGGGUUGGAACACCCCGAACACCAUCAACAUGCGCCUCUGGUCCGCCAAGCCGUCGCGGGAGUUCGACCUCGAGUCUUUCAACACCGGCGACUACGUCCAGGCGAUUCUCGCGAAGCAGCGCGCGGAGACGAUCAGCGCGGUGCUCUACCCCGACGACCGAACGUACCAGGGCAAGGAGCUGAGGCUGAAGCAGCAGUUCUUCAUGGUGUCGGCGACGCUCCAGGACAUCAUCCGACGGUACCUGGUGACGCACGAGGACAACUUCGACGAUUUCCCGGAUAAGGUUGCGCUGCAGCUGAACGACACGCACCCCACCAUCGGCGUCCCCGAGCUCAUGCGCCUGCUGAUGGACGAGCACGGGCUGGGCUGGACCAAGUCAUGGGACAUCACCACCCGCGUGUUCUCGUUCACCAACCACACCGUGCUCCCCGAGGCGCUCGAGAAGUGGCCCGUGGAUCUGGUGGAGAAUGUCCUCCCGAGGCACAUGCAGAUCAUCUACGACAUCAACUGGAGGUUCACCCAGGAGCUCCGGGGCAUCAUGGGCGACGACUACGACACCAUCGGCCGCAUGAGCAUCAUCGAGGAGGGCGACGGUCACAAGAACGUUCGCAUGGCGCACCUCGCGUUGAUCGCGUCGCACACGGUGAACGGGGUGGCGGCGAUCCACUCGGAGCUGAUCAAGACGACCAUCUUCAAGGAUUUCUACCAGAUCAUGCCGGAGAAGUUCCAGAACAAAACUAACGGCGUGACCCAGCGCCGGUGGCUGGCGUUCUGCAACCCCAAGCUCUCCGCCCUCAUCACGGAGACGCUUGGAACGAGCGCGUGGAUCAAGGAGCUUGACCUCCUCUCGGACCUUCGCCUGCACUGCGACGAUCCGGCGUUUCAGGCGAAGUGGGCUGCAGUCAAGCGCGAAAACAAGCUUCGCCUCGCGGAGCUGGUCAAGGCCAAGACCGGGGUGGAUGUGAACCCCAACGCGCUCUUCGACAUUCAGGUGAAGCGCAUCCACGAGUACAAGCGCCAGCUUUUGAACGUGAUGUACAUCAUCCACCGCUACAACGCCCUCAAGGCGAUGACCCCCGCGGAAAGGGAGAAGCAGGUGGACAGGGUGUGCAUCAUCGGCGGCAAGGCGGCGCCCGGUUACGACAUGGCCAAGCGAAUUAUCAAGCUCGUCAGCGCCGUCGGCGACGUGGUGAACAAGGACCCCGACAUCGGCGACAAGCUCAAGCUCGUCUUCCUCUCCGACUACAACGUGAGCAGCGCGGAGAUCAUCGUCCCGGGCUCGGAGCUCUCGCAGCACAUCUCCACCGCGGGCACCGAGGCUUCGGGGACCUCCAACAUGAAGUUCGCCAUGAACGGGUGCCUCAUCAUCGGCACCAUGGACGGCGCCAACGUCGAGAUCGCCGAGGAGAUUGGUCAGGAGAACAUGUUCAUCUUUGGCGCCCGCGCCGACGUCGUCCCCAGCCUCAGGCGCGAGCGCGAGUUCUUCAACGUCCCUGAGGAGUUUUACAAAAUCGUGGACCAGAUCAGGAGCGGGUACUUCGGCUGGAGCGAUUUCUUCGCGCCCGUGUGCGACGCGGUGUGUGGUGCGCAGGAUUACUACCUCCUCGCCAACGAUUUCAACGAUUACAUCAGGGCGCAGGAGGCGGUUGACGAAAACUACAGGAACCAGGCGCUUUGGACCAAGAAGUCCAUCCUGUCCGUCGCGGGCAGCGGAAAGUUUAGCAGCGACCGCACCAUUCGGGAGUACGCCGAGGACAUCUGGGACGUGAAGCCCACCAAGCGACCGAUGCCCACCAACCCGAAGCCGUACGGCCCGUCGCACAAGAUGUGAGCUCGGAGCGCGGAGGCGGGUUCGGUUCGACGGGCGCGUGUGGAGGGAGGGGGGUUUUCAAAUUGGUUGUGAGGAGGAGAGGAUGAGGAGGAAGAGGGUUGAAUUGUACAGGUAUUCUAUCUGUCACUAGCUAGACGCCUGGCUUGAUGAUAAUGCACAUCGGUUUCCAUUC